UGCAUUAGAACUACGACUCUCGUCGCCGCCAAUGAAGAAAAAUCGCUGAAUGCGUGCAGCAGCUUAUCGCUAAGUCCUAAUUUCUGGUAAUUAGAUAAAACGUCCAUAGCCUGGCGUUCAAAGAUCACGCCAAAUUGACCUUUCGGAAGAUAUUUCAUUCUAAACUGAAUAGAUUGCAGUCGAAACUAUAUUUUCUUCUGUAUAGUGCAGUGAAUUAAGUGUAAAAAAUUCAAUACAUAAUGGAACAUAAACUUUUUCUGAUAUUUCUCGCAAUAGGUGUCAGUUAUGCUGAAAUAGACUUAUCGAAUCCGCCGAAAGUAAAUAUUGAUGAUUUGCCGUUGAUAAAGGAGAAAUGUGAAAAACAAGGAAAACCUGAAACUUAUGGGAAACUAAAAGAAAAAAUUCAGGAAACCAAAACCUGUAUCGAAGGUUUAAUCGAUAUUAACGGCAUAAAAAACGAAAUUGAAGAGUCUAAGAAAACGGGAUCGAUGGACGAAGUGUUUGGAAAAUAUUGCAACAGACGCCCGCAAUUGAAGGAGUGCAUUCAAAAAAGCGUCGACGUAGCCAAAGAGUGCAUGGAAGAAAGUGAAAAGCAGGCGCUCAAUGUAACCGCAGAUUUGCUCGAGGAAAUUGGAAACUUUGCUUGUUUCCACGAUGGGGAUAGACUUGCCAUGUUUGUCGCUGAAGGGGGGCUCGAAUGUCUUAAAUCCAGAUCUGAAGCCAUCCAGAAGUGCAUUAACGAUACUAUCAAAAUAGAUACUGCUGCAUUUUCUACAUUUUCUCCAAAUUCCCUUCCUGCGACUAUUCCGAAUUUUACAGUAAACCAAGAAAAAUGCGAUGAUCUUACGAAACUUCAGCAAUGCGUAGUAAAAGAUUUGGAAGACAACUGCAAGGAUAGUACACCAGCAAACAUCAUCGAGGCUGUUUUCAAAUUCAUUAAAAAAACCGCUUGUAAAAACCCGAAGCAAAGAAGAAAUAAUCAAAUGCAGUCACGCAGACUGGUUAAAAGGACUAUCGUCCAAUUCGCUUUUACAAACAGUAGCCUUUCGACGAUUGCAAAACUUCAGCAAAUCUGCCAAAAAUACGGCUCUGAAGAUAGUGUCUUGAAUUUAAUGAUUGCAAUAAAUAAGACGCAUUGUAAACCCAUUAGGUUUCUGGUUACUCCAAGGGAAGAUAUGAUUGCUGACUUACGGUCGUGCAGCAAACCUCUGAUUUUGGCAAUGGAAGAUUGUUUAAAGGAGGAAGCCAAAUAUUUCCCUACAUUUUUGAUGGAAAAUAUAAUUUCCGUUUUAGAAUUUGGUUACACUUACGCGAACACCCUUCAAAAGGCUACCUCAAACAGAGAACUUUUACAGUGCUUUCAAGAUAUAAAAAGAAAUAAAAAUAGAAAUCUUCUCAUCGCCUGCUUUAAAGAAAAUGUUCAAAACGACAUUUUCAAUGAAAUGAACAUACCGCCAAAAGAAACUAUGUGUGGCAAAAUGUAUUCAUUAAACAAUUGCGUUAAAGAAGUCAUAAAAAAAGUAUGCAUCAAUGAUGUUGAAAUCGACACUCUUAUAAGAGAUCUUGUAAAUGCUCUUCACAAACCAUGCUUCAAUCAUUGAAAGAAACACUACAUAU